ACAUCCAAACUGAGUAGGCCCAAUCUAAAUCAGCUGUUGUAGGCCAAUUGAGGCGAUCACAUGACAUAAGACUGGACUUCAGAGAACAAAAGAGACUUGCUUCUGUGAGGCCCUCACUGUGGAAAUACAUGCCUGUGUUCACUGCUCUUUAGUCCCACUGAGGAUAUAUCCAGGAUACAAUGGCUUUCUAUUCAGAGCAAGCUGUGGACAAGCUGAAAAAAGAAUUAUUCCGGGCAAAGGGUUAGGAACAAGCUCCAGUGAGCCCAGAGAACUGCAGGCGGAAGAUGGCUUCACCCCGGGCACUCAGCCGAUUCCGCGAGAUGCUCUUUUCCUAGAGAAGCCGGGCUGAGGAGUCCCUGCGUGCUCAUCGAAAAGUGGGAAGGCUGGGCCGGACUGAGCCCGGACCGUACGUCCUGCUGUUGGAUAAUUACUGGAACCAAGACUGGAUCUCUGAUCACGAGGAGAAAAUGAGACAAAACAAGGUCUGAGAAGACUCCAGUGACUCCACAACGUCCACGGUGCCACACUGAGAGGUGCCAUCGGUUGCCGGACCCCGAAGUAGAUGACUGCCAAACUCCCUUGGCCUGGCUGUGACGAACGAGAUCUUCCACUCGAACCCAAAGAAAUCAGCAUCUGUUUGUCCCAAGCCAGUGUCGCAGGAGUGAAUUCAGGGUCAGUUCCGCUGCGCCAGGAGGACGUUUGAACGCGGACGGAAGGCUCUCCCCCGGCUCCCCCGGUGGUGAUGUCAUCCUGAGCACCUGUACCCCUCGCACGUGACCAGGGCGUCUCCCUCUGUCGCCGCUGUCAGCGCAUCAACCUCACCUGGGCUUCUCUGUUCUGGAAAAAUCCUGGACUUACCCGGAACGCUAGGAAUACAGCACAGUCGCGCGCGCGGGCGCCACGAGCAGCGGUGCCCGGGUGCUGGUCCUGAAAGCUUUACGUUUUAUUUGUUAUUUUUGAGUAAGCGAACGCGCAGAGGCUUCGAACAUUCGCCGCAGCCUUUGGCCUCCGGUGGCCGCCUGUUCGACCCGCUGAGUCUCUGAGAGCGUGACCUUUCUGCCCGCCGGCUUCAAACGGACGCUUGAAAAGCAGACGCAGUCAGAGGGGCUUCUGUCUGGCGGUGACGCAAACCCAAACCCCAUCAGGCCUGGAUGCGAUGAACGCCUCAUGUAGGCAUCAGCAUGGAAAGCUGUGAGUCUCCCGUGGUUUCUGGGACAGACGAUGGGCUCGCCGCCGCCGCCGCCUCCCAGCAACAGCAGCACCCUCCGCAGCCCUGGAACGAUCGCCCUAACGUGCAGGUCCCUCUCAGCAGCCAGCCCCCUUCCCUGGAACCCCUGUCUCUGUCCGCGCCCUACCCCUCCCAGCUCCAGGCCCUCGGCGUGCCCAGAGAGGGCGUGAGAGAGCAGCCGCCCCAGACGCGGACCCCGCCCUCAGCCUCCGGCGACAGCUCCACCCCCCGCCGCCGGCCCAGAGCGAAGGCGCUCGAGGAGGAGGCCGAGGAGGAAGGAGGUAGCUGCGGGGAGGAAGAGGAGGAGGAUGAAGAUUUGGAUGACUUGGAUGAAAUGGAGAUCGACAGCUGUUUCCCGAGUCUGCAGCCCUUCCCCGGAGUGCCCAUGGCUCCGGGGGGAGGGGGCAUGCCCGCUCUCCAGCGCCAGCAGCAGGCACGACGGAGGGGGAUGACGGAGAGCGGCAGCGAAGAAGGAGAGGAGGAGGAGGAGGAAGAGACCAGCGACGUGGAGAACCUAGCUGGAGAGAUUGUCUACCAGCCUGACGGCUCGGCCUACAUUGUGGAGAGCCUCAGCCAGCUGAUCCAAAGUGGUGGGGGUGCGGGGCCCGGCCUGCUCCCCACAAACUCCCUCCCCAGCGCGGGGAAGCCGGGCGACCCCGCCGGGGCCUCUCCCUCGGUCUACCCUCAGAUCAUUAACACGUUCCACAUAGCCUCGUCGUUCGGGAAGUGGUUCGGCUCUUCAGACCAAGGUUUCCCCAAUACCUCAACCGUGGCAGGCCUGAGUCCUGUCCUGCACAGUUUCCGCGUUUUCGAUGUGCGGCACAAAAGCAACAAGGAUUACCUGAACAGCGACGGGUCUGCCAAGAAGUCCUGCGUAUCCAAAGAUGUUCCCAACAACGUGGAUUUCUCCAAAUUCGACGGGCUGGCCCUCUACGGCAAGGGCAAGCCCAUCCUCAUGUGUUUCCUGUGCAAGCUGUCCUUCGGCUACGCCCGCUCCUUCGCCACCCACGCCGUGCACGACCACCGCAUGACCCUGAGCGAGGAGGAGCGGCAGCUCCUGGGGCACAAGCACGCCUCCGCCAUCAUCCAGGGCAUCGGGAAGGACAAAGAGCCCCUCAUCAGCUUCCUGGAACCAAAAAACAAGAGCUCCGGCGCGCCGCCCACGCUGGUGCCCCUGAGCUCCGGGCAGAGCUUCUACGGCACCUUCAGCGGGGUCCACUUAGAGCCGGGGAGCAGCAGCGGCGGCGGCGGCGGGGGGAGUGGGGCCCUCCUCAAUAAAGACUCGGACUCGGGCGCUGAGCCCGUCCCGUUAGGCUCCCUGCUUUCGCUGGGCGGGCUGGGCAGCUCCAAGCCGCCCUCGCUUACCUCAGCCCCAGGCCCUGCCAAAGACUCCAGCGCCCAGCCUGAGCAGGGAGGGAGAGCAGAGGGGCCGGCUGGCAAAGAGGGGGCCCACAGGGGGGAGAACGCCGACCGGGAGGGGAGGGCGGGCAAGGAGCUCAUGCCUGGCUCGGAGGCGGGCUCGGAGGAGGAUGAGGAACUGUUAGAAGAAGCGGAGGACGAGGAAGAGGAAAGAGGCACUGCAGCGGCCUGCGGCGGCAGCGGAGGAGAGGGGGGGGACCCGGCUGUCUCAAACCAAAGCAUUUCCAAAUCUCCUUUAUUAAUGCCUAGUAGCGCUCUCCAGCCUUCCUCCUGCCCCCCUGCGGCUAGCCCCACGCACAACAGCAAAGCCCCCGCCUCCGCCUCCUCUUCCUCCGCGUCCGCCAGGGCGUCGGAAGCGGGGGCGGGCGCGGACGGCGGGGGGAGGGCCUCCGAGCUCCCUCUGAGCUUUAACUGCCAGGGGCCCGUCCUGCCCGCGGCCUCGACGGCGGCGGCCGGCAGGGGGGGCGAGGACGACGCGACGGCCUGCCCGCCCGCCGCCACCUCCUCCCCUCUGGCCCCCGACGCCGCCGCCGCAGACGAAAGUGCCAAUCGAGAUAGUGCCACAGCUCCUGAACCAAAUGAAAGCCCGGCUGAGGGAGAGGACGACGGCGGGGCUCUCCUGCACCAUCACCACCUCCACCACCUCCACCACCACCACCUGCACCCCUCGCCCCACGCCCACGGCCACUCUCACCCCGGGGCGCCCUGCGACCUGGCCGGGGCGGGCGAGUGCCCCCAGAGCCACGGGCUCGGGGGCAGCGGGGUGGAGUGCCCCAAGUGCGACACCGUGCUGGGCUCCUCCCGCUCCCUGGGCGGUCACAUGACCAUGAUGCACUCUCGCAACUCCUGCAAGACGCUCAAGUGUCCCAAGUGCAACUGGCACUACAAGUACCAGCAGACCCUGGAGGCCCACAUGAAGGAGAAGCACCCGGACUCGGGGGGCUCCUGCGCCUACUGCAGCAGCGGCCAGAGCCACCCCCGCCUGGCCCGGGGCGAGAGCUACACCUGCGGCUACAAGCCCUUCCGCUGCGAGGUCUGCAACUACUCCACCACCACCAAGGGCAACCUGAGCAUCCACAUGCAGUCGGACAAGCACCUGAACAACAUGCAGACGCUGCAGAACGGCAGCUCCCUGGCCCCCACGGGCGAGCAGGUGUUCGGGCACGCCCCCAGCAACGUGGUGCCCGUGCCCUCGGCCACGCAGGCCACCGUCCACCACCACCACCACCCCGCCCAGUCCACUGCCCACGUGGGCGGGGCCUGCGGGGCCCCCUCGCCCACCAAGCCAAAAAGCAAGCCCACGUGGCGCUGCGAGGUGUGCGACUACGAGACCAACGUGGCCCGCAACCUCAGGAUCCACAUGACCAGCGAGAAGCACAUGCACAACAUGAUGCUCCUCCAGCAGAACGUGACGCAGAUGCAGCACGGCCGCCUGGGCCUGGGCGGCCUGCCCUCGCCCUCCGAGGCCGAGCUGUACCAGUACUACCUGACCCAGAACAUGAGCCUCCCCCCGGGCCUCAAGAUGGACCCCUCUGGAGCCGACGCCUCGUACCUGCUGGGCGGGUUCCAUCUGGACCCCAACAUGGCCGCCCUUGCCCCAACGCUCGGUGGUGAGAUUCCCAUGGACAUGCGGUUGGGUGGCGGUCAGUUGGUGUCGGAGGAGCUGAUGACCCUGGGGGAGAGCCUGUCUCAGACCAGCGACCCCUCCCUCAAGCUCUUCCAGUGCGCCGUGUGCAACCACUUCACCACCGACAACCUGGACGUGCUGGGCCUGCACAUGGGGGCGGAGCGCAGCCUGCCGGAGGAGGAGUGGCGGGCGGUGGUGGGCGACUCCCACCAGUGCAAGCUGUGCCGCUACACCACGCAGCUGAAGGCCAACUUCCAGCUGCACUGCAAGACCGACAAGCACGUGCAGAAGUACCAGCUGGUGGCGCACAUCAAGGAGGGGGGCAAGGGCAACGAGUGGCGCCUCAAGUGCGUCGCCAUCGGCAACCCCGUCCACCUGAAGUGCAACGCCUGCGACUACUACACCAACAGCCUGGAGAAGCUGCGGCUGCACACCGUCAACUCCCGCCACGAGGCCAGCCUCAAGCUCUACAAGCACCUGCAGCAGCACGAGAGCGCAGUGGAGGGGGAGGCCUGCUGCUACCACUGCAGCCUGUGCAGCUACUCCACCAAGGCCAAGCUCAACCUGAUCCAGCACGUGCGCUCCAUGAAGCACCAGCGCGGCGAGAGCCUGCGCAAGCUGCAGCGGCUGCAGAAGGGCCUGCCCGAGGAAGAGGAGGAGCUCAGCGCCAUCUUCACCAUCCGAAAAUGCCCCUCCGCCGACGCGGGAGAGCUGAGUGAGGAUGUUGAGGGAGCCAGCGAGACCACCACUGACCAGGAGGACCAAACCAAAGACAGGGAGAGUGGGGGGGAGAAGGAGCUCACCAAAGGAGCAGCAGCAGCAUCCAGCCAGGUGGACAGGGAACAGACUGAUUCCCCACUCCCCUCCAAACGCCCUUCCUCAAGGUCUGGGGCAACGGAGAGCCCCCUUUCCUCCAAGCGUCCCAGAACAGCUGACAAGAGCACUUGUGAACAGAUGUACCAGUGCCCCUAUUGCAAGUACAGCAACACUGACGUGAACCGCCUCAGAAUGCACGUGAUGACUCAGCACUCUGUCCAGCCCAUGUUCCGCUGCCCGCUGUGCCAGGACAUGCUCAACAACAAGGUCCACCUGCAGUUCCACCUCACCCACCUGCACAGCGUGGCACCCGACUGCGUGGAAAAGCUCAUCGCCACGGUGACGCCCUCAGAUGUGCUGCCAGCGAGCAUGUUCGUACCGGUUCCAGGCCCAGAGAAAGAUGGGCAGAACCUGCAAACGAUGACCAACUCCAGCUCUGACGAAACAAGGAAACAGACAGAACCCUCAGAAGCAGAGUCUGAGAAAGGGGCUCCCCCUCCCCCAGAGGCCACAGAGGCCCGCAAGUCACCCCUUGAAGAUCAGCAGUCAAUGAAGGAAGAUACUGCUGGUUUCCUGUGCUGGAAGAAAGGCUGCAACCAGGUCUUCAAGUCCUCCAACGCCCUCCAGAUGCACUUCAAUGAGGUCCAUAACAAGAGGCCGCAGCUGCCCGUCUCAGACCGCCACGUCUACAAGUACCGCUGCAACCAGUGCAGCCUGGCCUUCAAGACCGUGGAGAAGCUGCAGCUGCACUCGCAGUACCACGUCAUCCGGGCGGCCACCAUGUGCUGCCUCUGCCAGCGCAGCUUCAGGACCCUGCAGGCCCUGAAGAAGCACCUGGAGACCAGUCACCUGGAGCUGAGUGAAGCUGAUAUCCAGCAGCUGUACGGAGGCUUGCUGAUGAAUGGAGACCUGAUGGUCAUGGGUGACCCAACACUUGGAGAGGAUCAUGUUGCUCUGGGUGAAGAUGAUAAGGAAGGAGAGGAGAGUGACCCUGAGGAGAAGCAAAGCCCAACUGGAAGUGACUCGGGGUCAGUCCAAGAAGAUUCUGGAUCAGAACCUAAGCGUGCCCUGCCAUUCAGAAAAGGCCCCAACUUUACCAUGGAGAAGUUUCUGGAUCCAUCCCGUCCUUUUAAAUGUACAGUAUGUAAAGAGUCUUUUACACAGAAGAAUAUCCUUCUGGUCCACUAUAACUCUGUCUCGCACUUGCACAAGGUCAAGCGAGCUCUGCAGGAGUCCUCCACUGGUCAGCCUGAAUCUACCAGCAGUCCAGAUAACAAACCCUUCAAGUGUAGCACUUGCAAUGUGGCAUACAGCCAGAGCUCCACACUGGAGAUUCACAUGCGCUCUGUCCUCCAUCAGACCAAAGCCCGCGCAGCCAAACUUGAAGCAGCAGGUGGCAGCAGUAGCUCCGUCACUGCUGUUGGUGGAAAUGGAGGGGGUCCGUCAGUUAGCACUUCUGCUCCCAGUCCCAACCCUGCCAGUAACUCAACAACUGCCACAAGCAACAACAGCUCUUCCUCUGGGGUUCAGACUGUUUCGAGCCUUCUGGGAAGUGGACACAUGAACCAGUCUCAUAGCAUUGAAAGCUUGGGAAAUUCUUCAGUAUCCUGUCACCCUCCUCCAUCAGAAAACCAUGAUGUGAAGAAGAAGAAAUUUGCAGAUAUGCUGUCUUCAAGGGGACAGCAGCAGCAGCUGCAGCAACAGCAACAGCAGCAACUGGCUCAGGCCCAAGCUCAGGCCCAGGCUCAGCUCCAGCAAGAGCUGCAACAGCAGGCUGCCAUUCUCCAGUCUCAGCUUUUCAACCCAGCACUUCUUCAGCACUUCCCCAUGACAACAGAAGCUCUUCUCCCACUGCAGCAGCAACAGUUGCUCUUUCCUUUCUAUAUACCUGGAGCAGAAUUCCAGCUGAACCCAGAGAUUAACCUGAACAGCUCUGCACUUAGUCUAGCCGGUGCCACCACCUCCUCCCUGUUGGAUGACCUGAAGAAUUCUGCCCAACAGGCCCAGCAGAGCUGUCUGCAGCAGCAGCUAAUGCACCAUCAUCUCCAACAGCAGCACCAGCAGCAGGCUCACUCACAGGCUCAGGGGCAGAUGGCUUUGCUCCAGCAGAAUGCAUCUCUUCAGCAUCAGGCAGAAAAAAAGCCUAAACCUGCUCCUCAGGGUGAGAAGGACAGAGACGGGCUGAGGGACAAAGACAUGAGUGAGAAAUCGGAAGAACAUGUCUCCAAAGAUCCCUUGGACAAUAUGAAAUAUAAAGACAAGAAAGAUCAACAGCAGGCUGCAGUGGGAGGAAACCAUGACCCUGGGUUUCCUCCACCUAGAAUUGCCUCAGAUGCUCGUGGAAAUGCAACAAAGGCCCUCUUGGAGAACUUUGGGUUUGAAUUAGUGAUUCAGUACAAUGAAAACAAACAGAAAGUGCAGAAGAAAAUGUCAGGGAUUGGACCAGCGGGGUCAGGUGGUCAAGCUGGAAUCAGUAGAGUUGUGGAUCCCAUUGAGGGACUUGAAAAGCUGGAGUGUGAGGCCUGUGGCAAGCUAUUCUCAAAUAUAUUGAUUCUAAAGAGUCAUCAAGAGCAUAUCCACCAGGCCUUCUUCCCUUUCCGUUCCUUGGAGAGGUUUGCUAAAGAGUACAGGGAGCAGUAUGACAAGCUGUAUCCUCUGAGGCCCCAGACACCUGAAACUGCUCCUCCACCUCCACCACCACCACCACCGCCUCCACCACCACCCCCACCUCAGCGAGCUCCAACGCCAAAUAUUCCUGUCUCUGCUCCAUCACUUACACCUCCAGCUGUUCCUACUCCUCAGCCUUCUGUGCCCAUGACUCAGAUUCCCAUGCCAAUGGACCUACCUCUCUUUUCACCACUUAUGAUGCAGCCCAUGUCUCUCCAGUCUUUGCCCUCUCAGAUGCCUGCACAGCUGCCCACUGUGGAGUCUGGCCUGGCCACUGAUCUGGCCCACCUCUACCAGCAUCAGCUCACCCCAGCUAUGCUGCAGCAGCAGCAGCAGAACAAGAGGCCACGAACACGCAUUACAGAUGACCAGCUAAGAGUCCUGCGGCAGUACUUUGAUAUCAACAACUCCCCAAAUGAGGAACAGAUCAAAGAGAUGGCCGACAAGUCAGGCCUGCCACAGAAAGUUAUUAAGCACUGGUUCCGCAACACCCUUUUCAAAGAGCGCCAGCGCAAUAAAGAUUCACCGUACAACUUCAACAACCCACCUAUCACUACUCUGGAGGAUACCAAAGUAGAUUCUAAGCCACCAUCCCCUGAGCCCCAGAGACAAGAGUGUUAUGGGAGCAAGAGAUCCUCAAGGACGAGGUUCACUGAUUACCAGCUGAGGGUGCUUCAAGAUUUCUUUGAUGCUAAUGCCUACCCUAAAGAUGAUGAGUUCGAACAGCUCUCAAACCUGCUGAGUUUGCCCACUCGAGUUAUUGUGGUGUGGUUCCAAAAUGCCCGUCAGAAAGCACGCAAGAAUUAUGAGAACCAGGGUGAUGGAAGCAAGGAUGGUGAGAGGCGAGAGCUGUCCAAUGACCGGUAUAUCCGUACCACAAAUCUGAACUACCAGUGCAAAAAGUGCAGCCUUGUCUUUCAGCGCAUUUUUGAUCUCAUUAAGCACCAAAAGAAGCUGUGUUACAAAGAUGAAGAUGAGGAAGGGCAAUAUGACAGUCAAAAUGAAGACUCUAUGGAUUAUUCACAUGAAUACUAUACCCUAUCAGGGUCAUCCUGUCACACACCUAUGCCCUCAUCCUCUAGCCUUUGCCCCCUCCCCCCAUCCAACUCAGUUUUCUCUCACAUGGCAUCCUCUGAAAAAGAAGAGGCCUCAAUUGCAAAUGCCUCAAACCCUUUUGAUGAUAAGCCUAAACACUUGACUGAAACAUCCUCUGAGUCGAGGGAGAAUCUUGUGUCUGUCAAACAAGAAAGCCCACAGCAGCCACAAACCGAAACGCAGAGGGAACAGAAGACUCCACGGGAGGACAAGGCGCAGGUAGCUCCAAAGACCACAAAGCUUUCCUCUCCCUCCCCCUCCCAGCAGCAGCAGUGUGGUCCCUCUGUGUCCCGGGCCAGCCCGGGUCCUUCGCAGAGCUCUCAUAUGGCACUGAACCCACUUCUGACAUCUACCCCGCAGCAGCAACAACAGCAGCUUGCCCAGCAAAUGAUCCCAUACCAGUGUGACCAGUGCAAGCUUGGCUUCCCCUCAUUCGAGCACUGGCAGGAGCACCAGCAGCUUCACUUCCUCACAGUGCAAAACCAGUUCAUUCAUCCCCAGUUCCUGGACCGCUCCAUGGACAUGCCCUUCAUGUUGUUUGAUCCUGGCAACCCUCUGCUGGCCAGUCAGCUUAUUUCUGGAGGUAUGCCACAAAUACCCAGCAGCUCUGCAACUUCUCCUUCAACACCUACUUCCACCAUGAACUCCCUGAAGAGGAAACUGGAGGAAAAAGCAGGCACCAGUCCUGGUGAAAAUGACAGCACAAACAGUGGGGAGGAGCCACAGCGGGACAAGCGGCUCAGGACAACCAUCACGCCUGAGCAGCUUGAGAUUCUCUAUCAGAAAUAUCUUCUUGACUCCAACCCCACCCGUAAGAUGCUCGAUCACAUUGCUCAUGAGGUGGGCCUCAAGAAGAGAGUGGUGCAGGUGUGGUUUCAGAACACCAGGGCCAGGGAGAGAAAAGGACAGUUCAGAGCUGUAGGACCUGCUCAGGCACACCGACGCUGCCCAUUUUGUCGCGCUCUCUUCAAGGCAAAGACAGCCCUUGAGGCCCACAUUCGGUCACGCCACUGGCAUGAAGCUAAGCGUGCUGGCUAUAAUCUGUCCAGCAUGCUUCCAGAUCAGGAGGGCAUGCAACUGAAGAUGGAACCUCUGGAUAUUUCCAGCUAUUCACACCUCGGCCCAUCUAACAGUGAUGGACAUUGUUCCUCUCUGUCACCAGUGAGCAAAAGCAUGGAUCUGUCUCCCAGGGCUCUGUUCAGUCCAACAUCCAUCAAGGUUGAAGGGAUGGAGGACUUUGAAAGCCCAACUAUGUCCUCAGUCAAUCUGAGUUUUGACCAGAACAAACUAGACAACGAUGACUGUUCCUCUGUGAACACAGCUAUCACUGAUACCACCACUGGUGAUGAGGCUAAUGCUGACAAUGACAGUGCAGAUGCAAAGCACAGUCACAACAGUGGUGAUUUUCUCUCAAAAUCUGGGGUUACAGCCCCCUCUCUUGAGAAUGAUGACCAAAUGUCAUCAGGGCUGGUGAGCCCUGCAACAAGUUAUUAUGCCAAGGACUUUGAAAAUGAAACCAUGGUGGACUACAGUGAGACCUCAAGUUUGGCAGAUCCUUGUUCACCAAGCCCUGGAGCUUCUGGGAGCAGGAGCACAGAUGCCGGGGACCGCCCAGGCCAAAAGCGCUUCCGUACCCAGAUGACUAAUCUACAGCUGAAAGUGCUCAAGUCUUGUUUCAAUGACUACAGGACUCCCACCAUGUUAGAAUGUGAGGUACUCGGCAAUGACAUUGGACUUCCAAAGAGAGUUGUCCAGGUGUGGUUCCAGAAUGCUCGUGCCAAGGAGAAGAAAGCCAAGCUGAGCAUGGCAAAGCACUUUGGCAUCAACCAGACAUCAUACGAGGGACCCAAAACGGAAUGCACUUUGUGUGGCGUCAAGUACAGCGCCAGACUUUCAGUGCGAGACCACAUCUUCUCCCAGCAGCAUAUAGCCAAGGUGAAGGACACCAUUGGGAGCCAACUGGACAAGGAGAAAGAAUACUUUGACCCGGCCACAGUACGCCAGCUAAUGGCUCAGCAGGAAAUGGAUCGAAUUAAGAAAGCUAAUGAGGUCCUAGGAAUAGGACAGCAGCAAGCCAUGCAGCAACAAGGGAUGUUUGACAGCCCUGCCCUGCAGGCUCUAUCUUCGGCCUACCCCACUCUGCAGGGGAUUUCCCCUGUCCUCCUGCCAGGGGUUGGCAGUCCCUCUUUACCAGGGUUCUCUUCAUCAAACACAGCUUUAACACCUCCAAAACCUCCAAACCUCCUGAACAUGCCUGGUGCCAGCGUCCCUUCACCAAGUCUCCCUACAUCUGGAUUACCCAACAAACCUCCCUCCUCUUCCUCCUUGGCCUCAUCCAGCCCAGCCCAGGCUAGCACCUCCACCACCCAUUCUACCCCCACCACCACCUCCACCUCUGUGGCCACGCAGCAAGGCCCAAGGCCUGAACCCCCCAAAGAGCGUGAUGCUGAGAGGUCCAGGGAAAAGGACAAGCCCAAGGAGAAGACCGAGAAGCCCUCCACACCGUCCUCAACAGGGGGCACCCCAGCACCCUCCACCUCUGCCGCCAGCGCUAAGAAAGAGAAGCCCGAUACUGCUGUUCCUGCCACCUCCAUGCCAACACCUGGUAUGGAGUAUGUUGUGGAUCCAGCGCAGCUCCAGGCCCUGCAGGCUGCCCUAGCGUCAGACCCCACAGCUCUGCUUACCAGUCAGUUCUUACCCUAUUUCAUGCCUGGCUUUUCACCAUACUAUGCGCCACAGAUACCCGGGGCUCUCCAAGGUGGCUACUUGCAGCCAAUGUAUGGCAUGGAAAGCUUGUUCCCAUAUAACCCAGCUUUGUCGCAGGCUCUGAUGGGGCUGUCCCCAGGGUCCUUGCUCCAGCAUUACCAGCAAUAUCAGCAGAGUCUGCAAGAGGCACUACAGCAGCAGCAGCGGCAGCUUCAGCAGCAGCAAAAACAGCAGCAGCAGCUUCAGCAGCUCCAGCAACCCAAAGUUAGCCAAACUCCUGUUCCCCCCCGAACCCCAGGGACCCCAGACCGCAAAGAAUCUGCCAAAGAUCCAGCAAAAGCUGAAGAGCAGAAAGGCACUCCCUCCUGUGAGACCUCUUCCUCCUCCUCCUCCUCCUCCCACAAGAACCUACCCUCUGAGCAGCACGAGAUAGACAGCAAAGGCGUGGACAACCUUUUUGACCAGUACAUCGUCCCCAAGGUGCAGUACCGGCUGGCGUGCCGCAAAUGUCAAGCUGUCUUUAUAAAUGAAGAGGCAGCCGUCAGCCACCUGAAAUCGAUCUGCUUUUUUGGUCAGUCUGUGGCAAAUCUGCAAGAGAUGUUGCUUCGGGUCCCCAGCGGUGGGAGCGCAGGGGAAGGCAGCCUGUAUGACUGCCUAGCCUGCAACGCUACGCUGGACGGGGACAAAGCGCUAAGUCAACACCUGGAGUCGGCCUUGCACAAACACAGAACAAUCAAGCGAUCAGCCAGAAAUGCCAAAGAGCACGCUUCUAGUUUAUUACCUCACUCUUCAGCCUGCUUCCCCGAUCCUAACACCGCAUCUACCUCGCAGUCUGCCACUCUCCCAAACAACAGCCCCCCUCCUCCGCCAAUGUCAUCAGCCACCAUGCCGUCCUCCUCUGUCUCUUCAUCCUCGUGCUCCUCUUCCUCCAUGGCCACCUCCCCGCACACCACAGCUGCCGGCAAACCCUGGCCCCAGGCCCCUUUUUCCAGAGCUUCAGCUGGGAAGCCCAAUGCCACUUCUCCUUCUACUUCUCCUUUUUUUCCUCCGGUAUCCUCACCUUCAACGGUUACCUCAAGUUCAUUGAGCACCUCAGGGGUUCAGACCUCGAUACCAACAGACGUCUUUACCGACGAGUCUGACUCUGACAGCAGUCAGAAGUCAGCAGACAGGCUGAGCCGGCCAGCGGAGGAGCCGCAGCAGCCCAGCUGUCUCAAAGACAGUAGUAGUUGUAGUAGUAAUCUCGCUAGUGUAGGAACGGACUCCAUCCGAUUGUAAAAGAGCUUUCAACGAUGGACAAUAUUUAAAAAAUACAAAAGACAAAAAAAAAAUCAAAAACACAAGAAAACAAACAAAAAAAAAAGCAGCGAUGUUAAAAAUGUUUAAAAUAUACAAACCAAUUUCCGAAGAAAAGAUGUGUAAAGACUAACUGCAAUUCCAAAGCUUGUAACCAAAAAUUUAAUGUUAGUGGAUUGUUUUCCCAUAUCAACAUGCUGGUUUUCGUUUAUAACUCAAUUAUACAGUAUAUUGAAAAAAUGAUCACUGCAGUGAAGUUUUGGAUAUGGAUAGAGGAAAGCUGUAUAGCAAUGGACUGCCUCAAAUGUUGCUCAAAUGGCCCCUGAACCCCUCCUCCAGAAGAUGAAUUAGCAACUUGUCCCUCAUUUGUAUAAUUAUUCCCAGUGAAUAGCACAGUAACAAAAAUCCAGUAUGUACUGUAUGGGAGAAUAGUCUUACAUUUACAGUUUUCUUGCUAUCUAAGCGUUCAGAUACCAAUGGCUUGCUAAAAUAAAAAAAAUAAUGUAAUGUCUAUUUUAUUCUCAGGUCAACAGCUCACAACCUUUUUUCUGUCACAGAAAUUCAUUGUUUUAUACUUUUUGUUCCUAACAGUAGAAAAAAACUGAUUUUUUUAACUUAAUUUUACAGGCAGAAAGUAUUAAAAAGAGUAAAUAUUAUAAAGGCAUAGCUUUCUUGGGAUUCAAAAAGGGUAGCUGAUCUGCUGAUUUUAAACAUUUUAAAUCGUUUUUAUGGGGGAAAGUAGCACUCCCAAAGUACCAAGACACGGAGAGCAUUGUUGUUGAUGGGGCGGGGGGGAGGGGGAGGGGGGGAAGAUUCUUUUAAGAAAAAACUUUCUGUAUUUAUGAUAGAUAUGAACAUUUUUGGUGUUAAGUAGAUUGUUGCAUUGGAAAUGAAUUUAAACAGUAUGGUAGAUUGAAAAAAAUCUUUGUGUACAUUUAGCUUUUGUAUCGUCCAACUUAAAGGCGCUUCAUUUGAUGUUGUCUUGGUCAUUCCGAUAGACUAGAUUAAGGAGCAGUAACUGACCUAUUUUUUAUUUCUGUUUUCUCCUGAAUUUCUUGGCUUCCAUUCACCCAACUGCCAUUUAGUGAUGUGGCAGAGAUUUUAUUUAUUUUAUUAUUAUUAAUAUUAUUAUUUUUUGUUUCAUUUUUUAGUUGAUGCUAUACUGAGAAAACAAAAACAUUCUGGGGUGAUAUGUUCAAGAUAUUUGAUUAUAUUUGCUAACUUUGUGCACUUAACACUGUCUGAUUCUUUCUCUCUGUCUGUCACUCUUUCUUUGUUUUUCUUUCCCCUGCAUUUUGUAGAUUUGGAAAUAGUUACUACUCCUCUUGCACUACAAAGCAGAUCCUCGGUUCUUCGUGUAGUGUGGCUGCAGUCUUUUCUGGUUCAUUUUCAGUUUAACUUUUCAUUGUCGUUGUCAUAGAUGAAAAUGAAAAAAGAAUAAUAAUAAUGAUUCUCACGCUUUAAAACAAAAAGAAAAUCCAAAGACAAAACACUUUCACCAUUGGUGCAUAAGGAUGAGAAAAGAGGUUUCUUUAUACUUGAGAAUUUGUUGCUGUUUGUUAAAGAAAAGAAAGUUUUAAAAUAAAGGAGUAUGCAUCAGAGUUGCCGUUUUUGCUUCUUUGCAAGCAGACAGGUGGCUUUCUACGUAAAAAAACAAGAAUACCAAAAACCAAAAAAGGGCCCUUGUCCUUGCAUUGUGGAGUAGCACCAUACAAGAGCCAUUGCAGUCUGUAAGAUAGAGGUUAAAAAGCUCUUUGUUUAACUUUUUCUGUCACACACAAGAAUCUUUUUUUAAGAAAAUGUAUAAGGUCUGGUCUUUGAGGACAUACGUUUUGCUGCUAAUGUAGUUUUUGAAAAUACCUAGAUGCAUGCUCAUUUUGCUUUUGGCUAAGCUUUAACAAAAACAGAAACAAUAAACCAUUUUCCCCUCCCUCUGCUAUAAGCUUUUUUUUUUCUUGUUGCAAAAACGGAACUUUGAAGACUGUGAAUAUACGUUCCAAAGGACAGUUUGGCUGACUUUAUAUUUUUCUUAUUUUUUUGUUUUGAACAGACCAAUGUUGAAAGCCAAUGAUCUAUAUUGUUUGUACAGAACAGUGCAUUCCAAAUACCACAUUGGAGAGGGUUUUCUUUUUCUCCCAAAGCAAGGACUGUUUUUUUUUUUUUGUUUGUUUGUUUUUUGUUUUUUUUUGCAAGGUGACUGUAAGCUGUUGUGUAAAUUUAGAUUUCUGGGUUGCUAAACAAAAUAACUCCACUUCCCUCAUGUAGUUCUGGUGUGGAGAGUUGACGAUAAGAGAUUUCCUCCCGCUAGAAAAGGUUGUCUCUCGCUUUAAAAGUUAUCAUCAAGUAAUAGUUGUCGCCAAAAAGUGUACGUAACGCAGAUCUGGUACUGACGUCUUUUUCACUGGUAUCAUCAUGCCUCUCAACUUCCAAAAAGCCUCUGAAAGUUUGCCAUUUUGCAAUUAAGCCGGACGUGGCAACCUCCUUUCCUGAGAAUACAUGAAGGGACUUGCCCCUAGGUGUCUUCUUAGUGUCAAGCCAUUUUCAAGCACAAUCUGGCGAAAAACUGAUUUCUUUGGGAUGUUUUCACUCUAAAUCAUUAAAAUAAAGUAUAAAGUUAAGUGUUUUUGUGGUUCAAAGUUCAGAGGCAUUGUCCAUGCCUUCAUGUCCAAAGAGGCCCCUCGAUAUGUCUGUUUGCAGCUUAACUGGUCCUGCUCAUUGAGAACCCCAAACCCCCAAGAACAAAGAAAGAUAAAUCUGGUCCUUUACACAAAAACCAGUUUGUGAACAUUAUGAGUAACUGCUUUUGGCCACUAAUGUACAGAAUUCACAUCUUGGGUGUGUCAAAAGUUUUAGGUGCUUGCUGAACAAUACAAUGUGGUAUUGACACUAAAGCACUGCAGAUAAAUUUGGACUAGUUUGUUCUGCAGGCUUGCCACUCCUCUAAAAUACUUUUUUUUUCUCGAGCAUAUUGUUCAUUCAGUUAUUUUUAAAAAAUUCUAAUGUUGUAUAGUUUGUUCUUCAAUGCGUUUUAUUUUGUCAUAGACAUUAUUAUUUUCAUAUAACUAUUUGUGUGUUAUUUUGGUUCUGUAUAUUACUUUUUCUCAUAUAAAUUAACAUUUAACACUAGCUUUAAAUUUGAAUUGCUGUCUUUUUUUUUUUCUUUUUUUAACUUUAUAGUAUGACCUGGCCACUUUAUGGUGUGAUAUUGUUAUAUUUGUGUUUUUUGACACUGUUUGAACUCUUGUUUCCAAAGUGUAUUAUGUUUUGGGCUCUCAUGUAGACAUCUUCACAGGUGAGCUCCUCAUAGCAGAUUCUGCCUGCAUGGACUUUGUGUAUAUGCUUGUAUGUGUGUGAGCGUGUGUGCGCGCAUGUGUGCACACAUGCACACACUUGUGUUUCAAUUAAGAGCCAGCAUCAGCUUUUGUUUUUUAUUUUAUUUUAUUCUUUACUUUCAUUUACACACCAAAAGUACUGAACCACGAAGCUGGGUUUAAAAAGUAGAUUUAAAAUGUUGAAUUUUAAAAGAAAUGAGGUGGUUGAUAUAAAGCACUGAGCAGCUUUUAUUUUAAUUAAAUAUUUUAAUGUGGCCAAAGCUUUUCGCAGUUGAACGCAGAAAGGAAAAUUUAAGGUGGUGCCCCUCAUAAGUGUAUAUUUUAUUGUGGCACAACACACAAGACGACAACUGAAAUACUUUUGAAAGAAGCUUCGACUCACGUUGGCUUACUUGAUCUUGAUUUUCACGGACAUUUUACAAAGAAAAGACAAGGUAUUGCUGUAGAGGUCAUCUUCUUGCCCACUGUGAAAAUAAACAUGUAUACAGAUAUAGAUAUAUUUAAAAACAAGACAUCAGCUUUUUUGUUUUGAAAAAAAAAAAUUAAAGAUGAAAAAGAACUCUGGGAAAUUUUUUGGAGAGAUCACCUUGAGGUGAACGAGGCUAUUUUGUUGGUGGGUUUACCAAAACCGGGCAUGGGAGCGAAAAGCAGCUUAUGCCAGCUCCGAUAUCAAGUCAUUGUUUUACCACAGACCGCUCUGAGAUGGGAACAGACUCUUGAACCAGUGGAGAUGGGAAAUGGAAAGAUGUUGAAAAGCUGAACUCUAGUGUCUGGAGCUGCCACUUUUCUCUUUGGUUCUGCUUCGGAUUGCAUCUAUGAUUGAUGUGUCCUGCGCUCCGUACAGGACUUGCAGUAAUGCUCCCUUUUUCCUGUCUGUGUUGUUGCUUCGUGUUUCAUUUUCUCUUGCUUCUCUCACCGAUUGACAAACAGCACCCUCCAAUCAGACGGAAGCUUGCCAGCUCUGUUCUUGAGUUAACCAAUCUCAUCGCGCCAUCAAAAAAAAAAAAGAAAAGAAAAACUGGUUCAGAAUGAGACGAGGAGGGUUUCCUUGGCUGUCAUUCCUAAAGAGGCAGUUACAAAAAAAAAGCAAAGCAACCAAAAUUAACUACCAAACUAACAACCAACCAAACAAAACAUUAGCUCCAAUUUCAAAGAUGAACUGUUAACAUGGAGCGUCCUGAUCCUUUUGUGACUCCUGGUGCCACAAUGGUUUUUUUAAAUGCAUUUUUUUCUGUUUCUCUUUGUUUACUUGAUUUAUUCCUCCUUAGAGCUGCACAAGGACAGCUCUGUGGCUCCAGUCAGCCCACCUGAGGGUAGAAAAUAACAGCCUUGCAAUGUACAAAUAAGAGCGAGUAAAACCAAAAAUGUUGUUCUUGAUGUCUUUUCUAUACUGUAGUCUUGUUAGCUUUUUUGUUACUGUAAUUAUAUGAUGAAGAUUUCCAAACUGUACCAAAAUACAUGGAGACUAACAUACAAAAACCACAUGGAACUUCAGACUUUUAAAGAGAAACUUUUGUCACAAAAAACCUUGUUGUCCUAGUUAAGUUGAUUGUAGAUGGUAAUUGAAUAUACUCCUUUGAAAAUAUUUCAUCAAGUAUGUUUCUUGCUCAUUGUGAUACAUUAAAAAAGUAUGAGCAAAAUG